AAAUUCUGGUAAAACUGCAAACUUACGUAAAUUUGCAGAUUUUUUCAAAAAGUUUUUACAAAAAAUUUUAGUGAAAUUUAUAUUGGAUAAAUUUUUAAAUAAAAGCCUAUAAAAGAUUUCAGCACAAUUUUAGGAAGCUUAUUGAACAAAACAUUAGCAGUAGGUACGAAGUGUUAAAGAGUAAAAUGAAUGCUUUUUUUGAGCGUUAUAUUUCAAACGCAUUAUUUCUAAUUUUUGUUUUAAAAAUUCGUCUAAAACGGAGAUUGGGACAGAACGGAAUAUUGCCUCUGUAAAUACCUCUCAUAAAUCGAAAUCGACGACCGUCUCGCACAAAGCAUCUUGAAACGUAAUAUUUGACUUCGUUUGUUGGUUUCUAACAAGAAGCAAGGCCAAGGGAAAAAUAUGAGGAAUGCAGUAAAUAUUUUAUAGUUUUAAAUCUAGGAAUUUAAUUACUCGAAAUGCCUAGAUGUUGGCGCAUCUGCGGUAUUGGCAUUAGAAGAAAAGAAAAAUUAUUGUUAUUAGUUGUUACACUAGGAUUUUGCUUUGUUUUUUUUGGAGUUUUCAUUCGAUUACCUCGUCAUGACGAUGAAAAAAGUAAGUUCGUCGAAAAAUUGUCUGCUUCUAUUCAACCUCUUCAAGAAGUAUUGUUAGAUGCUGAUGUUAAAAACAUUGCAGAAGAAAUUAAAAAUGCAAAAGAUACAGAAACAAAGCUUACACAUGAAAAAAACCAUCAGUUAAAUGAAGAAGUUCAUAAAAAAAUAAAAGAAGAAAUUGAAAAGGAAAAAUUAGCUUUUAUUGAGAAGCAGAAAGAAAAAGAACGAGAAAUUGAAAGAGAAAGAAAACAGCAACUUCUUAGAAUCUCAGUUCCUCCUGAACAUGGAGUUCUCACUGGUGGUGAACCUGAAGAUCCAGACAUAAAAAAUAAACGUGAUACUGUGCGUAAGAUGAUGAAAUUUGCCUGGGAUGGUUACACAAAGUAUGCUAUGGGUCAAAAUGAAUUGAAGCCAAUUUCAAAAACAGGACAUUCAGCAGGGAUAUUUGGGGAUUCAAGUAUGGGAGCAACGAUUGUUGAUGCACUGGAUACUUUGUAUAUUAUGGGUAUGAAAGAAGAAUUAAAAGUAGCACGAAACUGGAUAGCAGAACAUUUAUCAUUUUCUACAGGUUCAUUUGUUUCAGUGUUUGAAAUGAACAUACGUUUUAUUGGAGGAUUACUGUCAGCAUAUGCUUUAACCAAAGAUGAGGUCUACAAAAUCAAAGCCAAAGAACUUGCUGAUAAGAUGUUGCCUGCGUUUAACACACCAACAGGAAUUCCAUAUGCUCUUGUUAAUCUUCAAACUGGUCAGGGAAUGAAUUAUGGAUGGGCUUCAGGUGGCAGUUCAAUUUUAUCCGAAUUCGGAUCUCUUCAUUUGGAAUACACAUAUCUUACAAAGAUCACUGGAGAUCAAAUAUAUUCUAAUAAGGUAAUGAAAAUAAGAGAUGUAUUGUUGAGGGCAGACAAACCAGACGGUUUAUAUCCAAACUAUAUGAAUCCAAACUCAGGCUCUUGGGGUCAGAGACAAGUUUCACUGGGUGCUUUAGGAGAUAGUUUUUAUGAAUAUUUGUUAAAAGCUUGGUUAUUAAGUGGGAAAACUGAUUCCACUGCAAGGAUUAUGUUUGAUGAGGCAAUGAAGGCCAUAGAUCCGGCUUUAGUACGCAAAUCUCCUGGUGGUUAUACAUAUCUAGGCGUUUACAAUGGUGGGACUGUAGAAAAAAAAAUGGAACAUCUGGCAUGCUUCGCUGGUGGUAUGUUUGCUUUGGGUUCUUUAGAGGCUCCUAAUGAAUCAAAAAGUCGUUACAUGGAACUAGGCGUUGAGAUUGCUCGCACAUGUAGAGAAUCAUACCGAAUCACUUCAACUGGAUUGGGUCCGGAGUCGUUUCGAUUCGAAGGACCACACGAAGCAAAAGCUAUUCGUGGGAACGAAAAGUAUUAUAUUCUUCGACCAGAGACUGUGGAAACAUACUUUGUGAUGUGGAGACUUACGCACGAGCAAAAGUAUAGAGACUGGGCAUGGGAUGUUGUAGAGGCUUUAGAAAAGCAUUGUCGUAUUGGGGUCGGUUACAGUGGAAUUCGAAAUGUGGAUAGUACACCCGUUAAUCAUGAUGAUGUGCAGCAAAGUUUUUUUUUGGCAGAAACUCUUAAAUACUUAUAUCUGAUAUUUUCUGACGAUCAGUUAAUAAGUUUGGAUGAAUGGGUUUUAAAUACUGAAGCCCAUCCUUUACCCAUAGAAAAGAAAGGAAAUAGUGCCUAAUAAGAAUUAGCGGAUUGCAUUUUUGAUUGUAUAUAUUUAAUGUCAUUUUAUCACGUGGUUUCUUUUUGCA